AUGGGCAACUGCGCCGUGACGCAGCACGCGGUGAUGUCGUGGGCGGACGACGGCGAGUGGGACGUGCCGUCGGCGGCCGAGGAGGAGGAGGCGGCGGCCGCCGCCGGGACCAGUGGGAGGAAGGACCACGCGGCGGCGGCGGAGGUGACGAUCAGGAUCACCAGGAAGCAGCUGCAGGAGCUGAUGGAGAAGAGGGCCGGUGGCCUCCACGGCCUCAAGAGACGCCGGGCCGCCGCGCAGCUGCUGGCGGACGUCAUGAACGCCGGCCAGGUCUACCACCAUCUCCAACACUGCAAGGCGGCGCACUGGAAGCCCGCGCUGCAGAGCAUCCCGGAGGCCGUCGAGUCAUGA